AUGGUGACUUCCAGUAGUGAUUAUUCUUCUAGCUCUUCUGAGGAUGACUCGAAGACCUCUGCAGCCAAAACACGUGCCAACACGGAUCACGCUAAGAAGACAAUAAAUGCCUCAGACUCAGAUGCCGAAGAAGAGGAACCCACAUGGGAGCCGAUGGAACGCAGAAGUAGGCCAUAUCCACCACACAUGGAGAUUGAGCGAUUGGUUGAGGCUGAUCUCCAAGAUGAACGUGAUGAAGAAGAUUACUGGGAUGCAAUGUACGGCGAUGUCGAGGAAGAAUUCCCCAGUUCAGAUAGUGAUUCUUCCGAGAAAGAGUCUGAAGAGGAUUCUUCAGAGGAUGAUGAUGAUGAUGAUGAUGAUGACGAAUCAGAUGACUCUGACGAUUAG